CUUGAACGGGGGGUGAGCUAAGGCCUUCUCGGGAUAGUAAAUAUCAAAGGGCCAUUAAAAGACUUAAUCACCCGGAAGAGGGGGCCCUGGAAGAAGGGUGCAUUUUGGGCCUUGGAGAGGGCUCGAAACCAUCCGACAUGGUUAAUUCUCCAAUGUUGAUCUGGCCCGGCCAGCAGCAUUAUCUUAUUGGAAGACUGAGACACAGGCCUGGCCUGGCACGCUGGUUACUACACCGAUCUUGCUCAGUAUAAUAAAGAAAAUAUGUGGCCCAGUCGAACUAGUACACUGGUCUCACACCAGUCUUACACAUAUUUUCCAAUAAGCCUGAGCCCAAUCGAAUUGGGUACACCGAUUGCACAUCGGUUUCAGCAAAAGAGUGAGCAAAGCUCAUAUCGGGGACGCCCGAUUCAUUUAAGCCCUCAAUCUGAGGCACUUUGAUCGAAGAUGGUCUCCGCGAGACAUGAAGAUAUUUACAUCAGUCAGCCGGGCUAACACUGAUCUUCAACAAAGCUACCGCGUCGGAUUCAAUUCUUAUUACCUAAGGUCGUUGUCAUUGGUAUACUAAUUUCGUCACGCAUCGUUGCUUGACUCGUAUUAACACCGACCUCGACGAAAUAACUUUUCGAGGCAUCGUUGCUUUAUCAAACUGACAUCGCUCUCGUUACGAUAAUUAUUCGCGCGAAUCUUAAUCAUCUAACACUGAGCUCCUCGGUAAAAAUAAUAAUUUUUUGAGCAUGGCAUAGGCCGGUCAAAAAAAAAUGUUGUACAAAUUAUUUUUUGUAGGAAAAAACUUCUGAUUCAAGAAAUUAGAGAAUUAAUGAAGACUCGGAGGACUAGCAAUAAUAUCUACCGGUCAAGAAUUCAAAGUACGAAAACUGAAGAUCACACUCGGAGGACUUGUUUACUUUUUUAAGUUGAUAAUUCUCACAACUCAAAAAAGUGGAGGACUUCUUGAUGGGAAAUAAUACGUGGCUCGGCCCACAUUUCCCAAUUAUUUACGAAGAACAGUUAAACCGGGCCUGUUUAAUAAAAUAGAGGAAUAAGAGAAUAUUCCUCCGUAGAUGCUCUCACCCUCUCCUAUAAAAGGGAGGGUUGCCCUAAUGGUUGAGGAGGCCAAUUUCACUCCUCUCCUGCUACUUUCUCUCUCUAGGUAUUUUUAGAGUAUAUUUUUCCUUCUUCAAGAGCUUCUAGCUCCACCAUUAAUGGCUUCCGAGCCGAACUCUUGUACCGUGUACACACCCCCGAUAUUAAUAAAAAUCCCCCGUUGGCAAGGUACUGCCAAAAAAGGCCCGUGGUUUUCUCCCAAUUUGGGUUUCCACGUCAAAAUCUCCGUGUUUAUAUUUUGGUGUAUUUUUAGACUAGUUUAUCGUUUUAGCCGGGCUAAAAACGGUAUACUGGUCGAUAAUUUACACCAUCAACAUUUUUGCCAAUAUUAUUCGGUUUAUUUUUAAUGAUAUCAAAUUUCUAAAAUGAGCCAAAAAUGUUUUUUUAGAAUAACUAAGAUCGACUUGAUUUUCUCUUUCUACUUAUAACUUUUGAUUUUUUCAAAAACCUACUACAACCCCAAAACUCUCUUAAUUGAAAUAUGAUACCCAGCAUCACUCUCAAAAAAUUUAUUUAUGGAGAGGUUAUAUUGACACUAGAAAUCGAUGUCAUAUUAUCACAUUAGACUCUUACGGUAGUUCGUUUGAAAAUUUAAGGAUCCGUUUGAUACAUCAAAUUAGGGGAAUUAUAAUUGAAUUGAAGUUGAAAUUCUAUAAAAUUUAUUUGAAAUUCUAUUUUAUUUUUGGCACUGCCAAUUCCAAAUCUCAUUUUUUGUGUGCUACCAAAGAACAGAAUUAGAAUUGUAGUUCUCAACUGUAUUUCAAUUCUAUAGUUUGAAUUUUGUGUAUCCAAACAGAGCCUACUAGUUCUUAUCCUCUAAUUCUCGAUCAGUAAAUCCUUAACCUGAUCUGACCUUAAAUUAGUGCACCUCGAUACUCCUCCCUGCCUCCCAUAAUUAUAAUAACGGCCCGGUUUUAGUGACACCGAAGAACGGUGCCACUAGCAGUGCCACUGCCUUUUUGGGGCACCUCCAGUGCUCCGUUCGUAAAAUUGACGGUUCAUACUCUCUAACCCACCCCCUAAACCUCCCAUCCUACCUUCACCCAUGCACCCCACCCCAACCCCGUCGUAAGCCCCUCUAAUCAAAGUCGAUUUCCAAGAAUUUUCAUGCAAAAAAAAAAGUAAAGUGGUUGGAAUUUUGUAACCUUUCCCACCAAAAUAGCUAACGUGUGGCCUACAUUCAUAGCAAAACGUGCAUUCUAUACGAUGCCAACUUGUAGCGAACAUUGAUGGCAAAACGGUGCACUUGUUGCGCCUUGUCCUAUUCUCAUUCCCACAUAACAUUAAAAAAAACACCACAAGUAACAAUCAUUUUUAAAUUUAUGUGCAAGAUGAUAAUCAACUGUGGUAAGUUUGUGACAUGACUCCAAAUUACAUAUGCUCUAUUGCUCUAGUAUGAAACUGGUCUCGUUUGAACUUGUCCUCGCUCAUGGGUACGUAGUACAAGCUUUAAAUGGUUGUUUCAUAAAACAGAUGGAAUGUGACUCUAUGUGAAAGUUCUAUUUGAACUCCUGAUUAAGACAGCUAUGCCAUAAUCGUAUAAACAUUAACAUUAAGUUUGACAUCAUUUUUUCAGAUAUACAUAAACAAGCAUUGUUAGUAUACGUUUAUGGAUACAUGAUGUCGAAUUUUAGUGUCAAAGUUAAUGUGACUAAAUUUAUCCUUAUGGCAUGGACAUAGAUCAUUUAACUUAUACUCCCUCCGUCCCACAAAAAAAUUCUCAUUUUGAAUAAUAUUUAGUCAAAUAUCUACACGUUUUCGCUACAAAUUGUGAGAAAGGUAUAUUGAAUUAUAAAAUAAAUUUAAUAUAAUUAGAUUCAUCUU